UCUUGAGAUGCCAUUGCAAAAUUUUAAACUUCAUCCACGCAGGGGACGUGAGAGGGAGGGGGAAGGGAAGUCACAUCUACAAGUCUUUCACUCCGUCGCUCGUCGUAAUCAAUUCGUUUGUCUCAGACUCUGCCUUGCCGCAACGUUCACUCGCGAGACUUUCUUUUUCUUCACAGGAGUGAAGUUAUAUCAUCAAUUGAUGGAAGGGUUUAAAAUUGGAGUUAUGUUAGGAUUGUUAGCUAUUAUGAUUCCAUCUUCAUAUGGAGUAUCUGUGUCAUGUAUGAUGGCGUAUGAUGAAGGUGGGGUUUUCGCCGUGUUAGAGUCUCCUGAAUGUUCUGAGUGGGUUCUUUCUGCUGGAUCUCCUCAAAAUCAGACUGUGAACUGCCAGUCUGCUACACUUCAGGGACAUAGGGAAUACCAAGAGGAUCGUAUUGUAUGCCAUCUUCAUAUGAAGAUACUGCUUCUUGGCAAAAAUGGGCUUGAGGAGGUUACAGUUGGUGUUGUGGCAGUAUUUGAUGGUCAUGGAGGUAAUGAAGCGAGUGAGAUGGCUUCUAAACUUCUGUUAGAUUACUUGUACAUUCAUGCUCUAUUCAACUCGUACAAGCUAAUAACGCAUUACAAGGGAGUUUUACCUGUAACUGAUGAAAUAUCGCAUUUGAAAAUAUUAAAAGAAGCACUGUUGAUGGCAAUCCAUGACAUUGAUGUCAAAUUUUCUCAGGAAGCUUUUCAAAAGAGGCUUCCAUCAGGAUCCACAGCCACUGUAGCUCUUCUUGUUGAUGGGCAGAUUUUAAUUGCCAAUGUCGGGGACUCAAAGGCCCUUUUAUGCACAGAGAAGAUUGAAUCUGGUAAUUUGACAACCAGUCUUUCAGCUACUGAACUAACAGAAGAUCAUCAUCCAGAUAGAGAUGAUGAAAGAGCUCGAAUCGAAGCAGCUGGUGGUUAUGUUUCUGUGUGGGGUGUGCCUCGAGUCAAUGGCGUGCUCGCUAUGUCCCGAUCCAUUGGUGAUGUGUAUCUAAAGAGAUUUGGUGUUAUACCUGUGCCUGAAGUGACCAGUUGGCAACCUCUAAAUGCUGAUAGUAGAUUUUUGGUGGUAUCAACUGACGGUACUUUCGAGAGCUUGACAGCACAAGAUGUGUGUGAUCUUAUUCAUGAUUCAGGUUCUUGCUCGGCCUCAUCCUCAUUGGCAGAAUGCAUAGUGAAUACAGCAUUUGAGAAAGGUAGCAUGGAUAAUUUGUCAGUUAUUGUAGUUCCACUGUGAUGGUUUUUUGGGUUAACUUGUAAGAAAGAAAGAUGUGAUAAUUAGAUAGUUGGCUAUACCAAAAUUGUAGUCAUAUUCUUGUAAGGUCAUUAUUUUUUUGCUUCUUUUGUAGCAUAGGCUCCACGUUUAUUUUUUCCUUGGUAUUUUAUAUCAUGGUAAAAUCAAGCUCCCUCUUUCAAUGUGAGAAUGGAAUGAGGUGUGUGCUUAUGUAAUGCGUAAAAGAAUUAAAGGGGCAAUCCUUUGAAUAGAAAAGGGACUCAUUUUAUAUA